AUGCAACACUACAAGCCUCAUGAGAACGCCAAGUUCGAGGGCUACUACUCCAAAUUCCGGCUCCCCUCCGGCGCCCACCUCGUCUUCAUAGUAUGCACCGUCCCGUCCGCCGAAACGCGCCCCCACAACAUCACCUUCACAUACGUGCCCCCCCUCAACACGACAACGACCAAGGUCUUCCAACGCGAGUUGUUCGUCUCAGACCUGCAGUUUAUCAACCACAAAGAAAGCGAUGACGCUGGCGACAUGGCAUUCGAGCAGCACUGGCCCGGCGGUUUCGUGAAAGUGCAUAAUGACGCGGCCUCGACGACCGAGUACAUGAUCGAGGAAACGGAGUUUCGGUUUGAAGCAAAGACGACGGGACCCCCCACCCCGUGGAUGCCCGACAUGGACACCCCCGAGGGCAUCCUGGUCGGCCUGCCUCUGCCGCUGCACUGGCACGUCCAUUCACUGGCCUCGGACUGCUCAUUCAACAUACAAAUCCACGACAGCGACUACGACCUACCCUCCUCCGACAGAUCCGGAAUAGCAACCGUCCACCAAGAAAAGAACUGGGCCACCAGUUUCCCCUCGGCGCACCACUGGAUCCAAGCCCGAGAUGCCGACGGCGAUCGCGGCAUCUGUGUGGCCGGCGGCCAGAUUUUAGGAAUGCAGGCGUAUCUGCUCGGCUACCACGCAAGCAACCCCAAAUACACCAUGGCGUUCCGCCCGCCGUACGCCGUCAAAUGCGCCGGGUGGAGCCCGACCAUGAGCAUUACCUCAGACUGGGACGCGCGCUCGGUCGAGCUCAGCAUCCAGACGUGGACGCGGAAGAUUGUCGUGCAGGCACAGGCGCCCGUGGGCUCGUUUUUCAGUCUGAGCUCGCCGUUUGCGGACGGGCAUCGCAUUAAUAUGCUGGCCGAGAGCUUUCGGGCGACUGUUAGGGUCAGGGUGUUUGAGGCGGGGUUGUUGGGGCCUUGGAGCUGGCGGCUGGUGCAUGAGGAUGGGUUUGAGGGGGGUAGUCUGGAGUUUGGGGCUGGGUAUUAUCCGUUUGCUGGCCGGGAGGAACGAUAUUGUUGA